AUGAAUAUUCUGGGUUUUCAGACAUUAUUCGAUGGAGAAACUACAGAACAUCAAUUAACAUUAAUUAUUUUAGCAACAAAAGCACUCGAAUUUAAACCGUUGCCUGGAUUUGAUCCUAAUGUUGAUAGUUCGCAAUAUUAUCGUGCUCAGCAAGAAAUUGAUUGUGACGAAGUAUAUCCUGGAAUAUAUAUCGGUGACGGUAUUACAGCAAAAAACAAGAAGUACCUUGAAAUGUUAGGUAUAACACAUUUAUUAAAUACUGCUGAGGGAAAAAGAUUUGGAUUUGUAAAUACAGAUAAGAUUUAUUAUGCGGAUACAACAAUAAAAUAUCUUGGCUUGCCAAUUAAAGAUUUACCUACCGAAGAUAUUAGUAAAUACUUUUAUACAGCAGCAAAUUUUAUUAAUGAUGCGAUAUCUACAAGAGGUAAAGCAUUCGUACAUUGCAUGCAAGGUGUAUCUCGCAGUGCUACAUGUGUUCUCGCAUACUUAAUGAUAAAAAAAGAUAUGUUAGCAGUUGACGCUAUGCAUUUAAUCCGCACGAACCGAGACGUUCGCCCGAAUAAAGGUUUUCUUUGGCAACUAGCACAAUUGGAUAAUAAAUUACGUAGGCAGCGUUUAAUUAGUUUAACACCUCUAAAAUAAUAUCAGUGUUGAGAUUAUUUUAUUAUAAGAUAUUUAAAUGAGACGAUAGUAUAAUUAAUAUGCGCGCA